GUAGUGAGUAGUGAGUAGUGAGUAUACUUUUUUUUCACGAUGAGCUACUCCACUAACCACCACAACCACAACCACCACAACCACCACAACCACUACAAUGUCUACUCCCAUUGAAACUCUAGUGGCAAGAGCUCGAGCUCUCUUACAAUCAUCCCAAUCUGAAAAGGCAUUGGAAAUCCUCACACCAGACUUUGAAACAUAUAAUGCAGAUGUUAAUUACUUACAAAUAUUCGGGGAAACUUUAUUAGAGAAUAAUGAUUUAGAGAAUGCUUAUGAAGUAUUGGUUAAAGCAUGUGAAUUGGAUCCCACGGCUGAGAAUGGAGUAGAGAAAUUCUUUUAUUUAGGACAAAUUAUCGGAGGACACGAUGGAAUUGAUUCAUUAAAUGUAGGAUUACAGAAAUUACAGAAUCAAUUAGAGAUAAUUAACAGUAACACCACAGAUAAACUAUUAAUUGAAUUAUCAACACUUUAUAAAACCAAAGAAUCUCUCAUAAGUUAUUUAAUUAAAAAAUUAAAUCAAGGAAUCUUUGCCAAAAUUGAAAUUUGGAUGACUGAUUUAUGUAUGGAAGAUGAAGCAGAAACUCAAUGUAAUGAACUAAUUAAUUAUUCAUUACAAUUAGAUAAUCAAAACCCUGAAGCCUUAUCAUUAUUAUCAUCCAUCAGAAUCUCUCAACAACGCAAUGAAGAAGCCAAACAAGCAUUAUUAAAAUCAUGGGAAUUGUUUCAAAUAAAGAAAUCUCAAUUAGAAGAAGCAGCCAAUAAACACCAACAAGAAGAUAUUGAUUCAUUUGAAGUUGGAUUAGAAUAUGUAGAUUUAAUUCAACCCUUACUUACAUUAGCCAAGUUUGCCAUUGAAUUAGAAUUAUAUGAUAUAACCAUAACAAUAGUAUCGAAUGUUCAAGAUAUUAAUGAAAAUAUCUUAGAUACUUAUUAUUAUGAAGCCUUGGCUAAUUUAUUCUCGGCUAAACAAUUAUUGAAUAGUCAAACUCCACACGAAGAAGAUUAUCGUGAAAUCGAUACAGAAUUAUUAGUUAAAUCUACCAUACCUGAAAUUCAAUCAUUACUUAAAGAUAUAAAGAGUUCAUUAACUCAAGGUUAUAAAAUUAUAAAUAGUGAUAAUUUAGUAGCGGAUUUAGAUCCUGGAUUAAUUGAACAAGUGGAAUUAUUAUUAAAGCAAGUUGGAGGUCCAGUGAUGAGUGAAUUACUUCCAACUCGAGCCAAUGAAGAUGAAGAAGGAUGGGAAGAUGAAAUAGAAAGUGAAGAAGAAAAUAUCCAUUAGACUAUAUAUAUGUAUACACUUAAUAUACAAAGUAAAAUUAUUUUAAUAGAU